ACGGAAAUAUCAAAUGUUGAUGAAAAUCAUCAUCAACAACAACAACAACAAUUGGAUACGGAAAGAUCACCAUCGAAUGAAACGGGCUAUUUUUCAGAUUUAUGGAAUACAUUAACAACGGUGAAUAAAACAUCAUCAUGUCCAGGUGAAUGUGUUCAUGCUAUAACAUCAAUAUUUUGUGAUAAUGUUAUUGAAGAUAAUGUUUCCUGUGGUGGUCAUCUAUCUCGUUGUUGUGUUUCGAAUAGCCAAUAUUAUCAGAUAUUUGGUCAUUUACCUACUCAAUCAUCAUCAUCAUCAUCAUCGGAAAAUUCAGAUAUUUUCGAAUCGAAUAUAUCGACUGAACAAUCACAACCAACAACAACUGAAACAUUUAGUGUUAUAUCAAAUAAUCAUCAUCUAACGACAACCACGACAUUGGCGCCGAUGACCACAAUAAAUCAUCAAGAACCAUCAUUAUUCUAUACAAAUACAGAUUAUCAGCAGCAGCAGCAGCAACAACAACAGAAUUCAAGUAUAAAAACAAAUCCAUGUCCAGUACAAUGUACAUCAAUGCAUGCAAGUAAUGCAUUCUGUUUACGUCCAUUAUAUGAUGCUUAUUGUCCAAAUUCGAAUAAUGAUGAAGAAUGUUGUCUAGAAAUUGAAUCACCAUCAACAUUGGAUACAAUGACAAAAAAUUUUAUCAAAUUAAUACAACAAACAGUAGCUAUGAAUCAAACGAAAAAUAUUGGUGCCGAAUUUCAGCAACAUUCUGUCUCAUCAUCAACACCGUACACUAUAACCACGACAACAACAACAACAACAACUCAAUCAUCAUUACCGCAAUGUGAUGGAACAUGUGUUGUACCAUUAUUUCAUAUGUUAUGCGAUGAAAUUGAUCAUAAUCAAUAUUGUGCACAUGGUUAUUGUUGUGUAAAUCGUGAUGAAAUUAUUUCUACAACAACAACAAUGCCAACAAUUUCACCAUGUGAUGGUACAUGUUUACCGGUCAUUCUAAGUGGAAUGUGUACGAAACCAUCGGAGCUAGUAUUGAAAACAUUAGAUUGCGGUACUGGUACUAUUUGUUGUGCACGUGGUAAAAUUGAUCAAUCAUUCCAAUCAAUUAUUCCUGGUUUAUCUGGUAGUAAUAAUAAUUAUCCAAAUCAUCAUCAAAUAUCAAUACAACAACAACCACCACGAGUACAAUUACCAUUAAUUCCCGUAAGGAAAAAUAAUCAUCCACCAUCACCAUUAUCAUCAUCAUCAUCAUCAACGAUUCUAAUGGAAACUGGUAAUAAUAAAGUUCAUUUUCGACCACCAACAAAUAUUCCAGAUAAUUCCGGAUAUGUUCCAACAAAUGAUGAUAAUAUUAUGCAAUCAUCAUCAUCAUCAAUUAAUGAACAACAUAAUUUUAUUUGUCCAGGAAAAUGUAUAAAUUCAAUGUUCAAAUUUACAUGUUUAGGUGGUUAUUCAAUAAAUAAACAUUUUAAAUGUUCUACUAAAGGACAAAUAUGUUGUGCUUCAAAUGUUGAUAUUGAAAAAUUGGAAAUAUUUCUGCAUAAUACAAAAAUGGUCCAACAACAAGUUCCACCACUACCACAACCACCACAACAACAACAACAACAAAUGUCGCAAGCAUCUAAACCUAAUCCAACGCUAACAUCACAAAUUCUACAACCAUCGAAUGAUAAUAAUAAUAAUAAUAAACCACCAGUAGCAGGAAUAGUUUCGAUUGCGGCACCAAUAAUGAAACCACCAAUUAUAACACAUUCACCAGUACCAAUCCAAUCAUCUAACAAUGAAAAUAUAUCUUCCACCUUUGCAACAACAACAACAACAACAUCAAAACAAUCAUCACAUGUAUGUGGUAUAAAAGGAUCAAAACGUAGUCAACGUGUUGUUGGUGGUAGUGAUUCAUAUCCAGGUGAAUGGUGUUGGCAAAUAGCAUUGGUUAAUCAACAGAAUAAAUAUAUUUGCGGUGGUGUAUUGAUUGGAAAACAAUGGGCAUUAACAGCGGCACAUUGUGUUACAAAUUACUUACGUAAAAAUGAAGCUAUUUUUAUUCGUGCUGGUGAAUAUGAUCUUACACGUAAUAAUCGUUUUGGACAAAUGCAAAAAGUACAGACAAUUUAUGUACAUCAUAAUCAUAAUAGUCAAUCAUUGGAUAAUGAUAUUGCUCUAAUGAAACUUUUAUCACCAAUCGAAUUGAAUCCAAACACAUGUUUAGUAUGUUUACCUACAUGGAAUACGAAUCGUUCAUCAUCAUCAUUAUCACGAGAUAAACAAUGUACGGUUACUGGUUAUGGAUUUCAACAUGAAUCUGGACCAAUUGCAUUAAGAAUACGUGAAGCAUUAAUACCUAUCGUUGAUGAUCAACAAUGUAUAAUGAAAAUUAAUUCCGUUACGGAAAAACAAUUUAUAUUACCGGCAAGUAGUUUCUGUGCCGGUGGCCAUGGUGGCAAUGAUGCCUGUCAAGGUGAUGGUGGUUCUGGUUUAGUUUGUCAUACAAUAGAUGGUUAUUAUGAACUUACUGGUUUAGUUUCAUGGGGUUUUGGUUGUGGCCGUAAUGGUGUACCGGGCGUUUAUGUAAAAAUAUUGGCAUUUAUCGGUUGGAUUAAUCAAAUUGUUAGUACAAAUGCAUAAGUUGGUAAGAGAGGGUUAUAUAAUAUUCAUCUCAUCUCAUUUUAUUUCAUUUGUGUCAUAAAACAUAUUCAACAU